AUGGCUGAGGAGGCGGAGAAGCCCAAAGAGGAGCCAAAGAAGGAGGAGGCGAAGCCCGAAGAAGCCAAGCCCGGAGAGAAGCGAAAGGACGCGUCGGCUCCGGAGGACGCGAAGCGGCUGAAGCCGACGCCGCCGGAUCCGCAGGCGGAGAAGCCCAAAGAGGAGCCAAAGAAGGAGGAGGCCAAGCCCGGAGAGAAGCGAAAGGACGCGUCGGCUCCGGAGGACGCAAAGCGGCUGAAGCCGACGCCGCCGGAUCCGCAGGUGGUGCGGCUUCAGGUGGAGUACUACCUCUCGGAUGAGAAUCUGAAGUACGACAAGUUCUUUCACGAGAAGAUCACCGCGGACAAAGAUGGCUGGCUGGAAUUGCAGCUCAUCCUGAGCUGCAACAAGAUGAAGAACAUGCGCGCCACCAAGGAAGACGUGAUCGCUGCGCUCAAAGAGUCCAAGAUCGAAUUAAACGAGGGCCAGACCGCUCUUCGGCGCCCGGGCAACGCCGCCCUGUCGCGGGGCUGCAGCCGACUCAUCAGAAGAAGAACUCCAUCCAUGCGCAUGAUGGCGGCGUGGUGA